UAUCUCAAAGAUAUCGUUGUCACCGCGGCCCUCAUCCCCCUUGAGUGUGCAACAUCCGCUGCCCGUCGGUUGCGAAUUUCCAUACCUAAGCAACUCAUUCAUUAUAGAGAGAAUGCAUGGUUGACUAGCAAGGUGGAUUUCUAUUGUUCCUCUUUCAAUCUCACUUCCAAUACGUGUCCCGACGAACCAUCAGACCUCUAGAGGAUCAUCGUACCUCUACAGCCAUGGUAGAAACCUUUGAUGUCGUCGUUGUCGGUGCUGGCUGGUUCGGGUUGGCAGCGGCCAAAGCUUAUGUAGAGCGUCAUCCUACCGAUAAAAUUGCCAUCUAUGAGUCCGCAGAGUCUUGUGGAGGAACAUGGGCGCAAAGUCGACUCUACCCCGGUCUCAAGUCCAACAACAUGAUCGGCACUUAUGAGUAUCCUGGAUUUCCCAUGAGCGAGGACAAAUAUGGUGUCAAGCCAUUCACCCAUAUCCCUGCCGCCACCCUGCAUCGUUAUCUUACCGACUUUGCCAAAAGCUUUGGCCUGUUGGAUAAGAUCCAGUUUGACACGACAGUGACCAUGGUCCAACCCAGCAAAAGUGGCGGAUGGCAAUUAAGCCUGACCAACGCGAAUGGCACAUCCAUGGUCGAGACGGCCAAAUUGAUCCUGGCCACCGGUCUAACGUCAGCUCCCAACAUGCCACAGUAUCCCAAGUCGGACACCUUCGGCGCGCCACUCUUUCACGCAAAGGACUUUUGCAAACAAGCGCCGCACCUCAAGGAUGUGAAGAACGCUGUCGUCGUCGGGGCAGGCAAGUCGGCAUUCGAUGUCACUUAUGCGAUGGUCGAGUCCGGGGCAACUGUGGACUUGGUGAUCCGCCCGGAUGGCAAAGGCCCGGUCUGGAUAGCCCCUGCCUUGGUCACACCGCUGAAGAAACGUCUCGAUCAACUGCUCAACGUCCGUUUCAUGACGUGGUUCGCGCCGUGCCCCUGGGGCGGCGAAGAUGGAUACCCGGGGAUUCGCAGAUUUUUGCACGGCACGGCCAUGGGUCGAGUCAUUGUCAACAUCUUCUGGAAAGUCCUGGGCAGUGACGUGAUUGCAGCCAAUGGUUAUGACAGCGACCCACGCCUUCACAAUCUCAAACCCUGGCAUUCGGCAUUUUGGACUGGCAGCGGCCUCAGCAUCCUCAACUUUGACACCAAUAUAUUUGACAUGGUCAAGGAUGGCAAGAUUCGUGUUCAUAUCGACAACAUAGAUCACUUGGAGCCACACACCGUAGUUCUGAAAUCAGGCAAAUCGUUGGAAGCGGACGCCAUCAUCUGUUCGACUGGCUGGAAGAAGGAAUCGUCGCUCAAGUUUGCCGGGCUGGGCGAAGAACAAUUCGGACUGCCGUAUUCAGAGGCGACCAAGAGAGAGUUGGCCAAACAAGCAGAUGCAAAGGUCCUCCAGAUGUUCCCCCGCCUCGCCAAUCCGCCGGACUUCGGGGUGGAUGCCAAAGAAGCAGAGCCACUGCGACUGUAUAGAUUUAUGGUCCCGUCGACAAUGAUGGAGAAGCGGAACCUUGCAUUUGCAGGUAUGGUUUCGUGUGUGACAACGUCCAUUGUCGCAACUGUGCAGGCACAAUGGAUCGUGACCUUUUUCGACGGGAAGCUAGACCGUGUGGCCAAGACACAGCAGGAGGUUACAGACGAGAUCAUGCUGCACACGCAAUGGGGCAAAUGGCGAUUUCCCUGUGGAUAUGGCGCCAAGUUGCCGGACAUGGCCUUUGAGGGCUUGCCAUAUAUCAAUCUUCUCAUGAACGAUAUGAAACUCUCGGUCAGGAGAAAGGCCAGUCUCAUUGCAGAGCUCACCUACCCUUACAUCCCACAAGAUUUUGUUGGUCUGUCGGAAGAGUGGAAGUCGAAACAUGCUUAGGUUUAACGGAAUCUCAGUAGGUGUUUUGAUUUCUCUCUCGCCCAUCGCAGUGGACGUUUGGGAUGCUCUGCGACGGAGGGCCGGUUGAGAAUUGGCAAAGCGUCAUAGAUUGGACAAGCAAGCAAGAGUUUAGUUUAGAGACUUGUUUCCUGAUGUUUAUUCAUUGCAGAUUGACCCAUUUUGGUUAUAUUUGGUCAAAAUGCGUCUAACCAAUCCAGCAUGUGUCGAUGGUACACUGUGAGCAAUAAUGUAUACCCACCAAAGUCC